AUGGAGCCGUUUGAUCGGAUCGAAGACGUCUACCCUCCAGAGACACGGCGCUUAGCCGUCUCCAUCGCGUACGAAGCCAGCCAAGAGGCAUUUCAACUACUCGUCCAGGCACUCUAUGAAUCUGUCUCCAUAGCAGCAUCUGUCGUCAUAUUUUUCAUCGUGGCGGCGACCCCUUGGCUAGCAGUCGCCUACCUCUUUGCUGCGACAAAUCCGAGAAUCAUCGAAGAGCACUGGUUUCUUGCAUUCUUCAUUUGCUUCUCAGUGCUGUAUCUCAUCAAAUUUCUCGCCUCAGCCUUUCUUGAUGUUUUGAAUCUAGUUGCAGAGAGAAUCUGGGGUCGUGCCUAUAUCCGAAGAAUUCCAAGAUGGUUGAUAACGGGGCAUCUAAGACAGAGUACGCGCGACCUGACGUGGUCCAUGUCUCAAGUCAAGGAGGCUUUUAACGCUAUUAAAAGCGUCUUGGAAUACUUCAAGCGGAUUGAAGAAAAUCCUGUCUGCGAGCUCUGCCACAAUCUUAACUCUUACCAUCGUGAAAUCUCGAUGAGCUACACCAAGGUCCUUCAGAACCGAGGCAAUUGUACGACGUGCACCAUCAUAUCAGCAGGCGUCAGACGCUUCUUUCCGCCCAAGGAUACCACUUCCGAUUUCUUUCUCCCUUGGAGAAGAUAUCAACGUGGUGACGAGAUUACUCUCAAAUGGGAUCGCUACGAUAAAACGAUUCAGGUUGAGACGGGUGACGUUCAUACCCAGUGGCCAAGUCUCGGCUUUUACUGCUUUGGCAAGGGGCCUGAUUUACCAAUGCUAUCAUCACCUAAAGCUUAUGUCGACGACACUAGAUCUGAAGCUAGUGUGCAUUGGAUGCAAUCUUGGAUCAUGAAAUGCACUACAGAGCACGAGCACUGCAACAAGUGUGAACCACAAACCCUACCCGACCGUGUCCUUGACUUGGGUCUUUCAGAGGACUCGACAAUUCGACUUCUCGACACGCAGAAUCAGCUCGGAUAUUACGCCUGCUUGAGCCAUCGAUGGGGCCCUAUCCAACCCCUGCGGACACUCGGGGAGAAUAAAGAGUCGUUCGAAUCCGGAAUUCCAAUUGGGGCUCUUCCAAAGACAUUUCAGGAAGCCGUUUCUGUCUGUCGUCGCCUGUCCUUACGAUAUCUCUGGAUAGACACGCUCUGUAUCGUCCAGGAUUCUAAUGAGGACAAACAACGGCAACUUCCAAAGAUGGCCUCGAUCUUUGAGAAUUCUCUCCUCACUAUCGCCGCCACAAAGGCUUCUGGCCACCAAGAAGGCCUACACGCCGAGGAAGUCGAAGAGACAAUCUAUCUAGAGUGCAUCCCGGCAUCUGAAUUAGGCCAUGGGCUCAUCGAUGACAUAUGGGUUCGUCUCGCCGAUCCAAACAGCAGGGAAGUCAUCAACCACUGGCUUGAAAACACCAAUGCAAAAGAGAAUGAGGAAGAGUGGCCUCUUCUCACUCGGGCCUGGGUUUUCCAAGAACGCCUUUUAUCGCCUCGAAUGCUUCAUUUUGCCAAGAGAGAACUGGUCUGGGAGUGCAGAACCUGUGUCUCCUGCGACUGUGGCAAGAAUCAUGACAAACCAAGCGAUGAUCUCGAGUUUCGAAGGCUGGUCAGUAGUCAGUCGAUCAAGACCAGCGACGUCACACCAUUGCAACUGCGAUACCUUUGGUAUGCUAUUGCACAGAGAUACUCACAUGUGAUGGGAAACUUGACACACGAGAGCGACGUCUUUCCUGCUCUUUCUGGCCUCGCCAGUCGAACAUCCGGGCUUCUCAACGAUGAUUACACGGCUGGACUCUGGCGCAGCAAUAUAGUCGAGGGCCUACUCUGGACACGCGAUACAAAGCACGGUUGUAGGAAAGACGGCAAACCAAAAGAAUGGCGGGCUCCAAGUUGGUCGUGGGCCUCUAUCGUGGGUGAGAUAGUCUACCAGCACAAGAGCCGAUCCUACUUUGGAUCUGAGCUUCAGGAGAUCUACGCAAACGCCGUCAACGUUUACUGCGACCCAACAGACAGGACAAGAGAAAUAUCCUCGGCUGUGCUGACACUCUCUGGCUGGACUUCCCUUGCUACGCUACGAGCACGCCGUACAGAAAGACGGCCCAGGUGGUUGGAUGAACCAAUAACUGAGGUCUCCCACAGUCUCGUCCGGUACCACAGUGGCGAAGGAACAAGAUUCAUCCCUGACCACCCAGAAGACAUGGUUGACGGAUCCGUGGUUCUCUGUAUGAGACUUGCCAAGAUCGGGGGCCGCGACUGGUACAUGGUUCUCGGAAAAGAGUCGCCCACUUCGACGAAUUACAAGAGGUUGGGGUUGUUGGAAGGGGAAAAUGUGACUUGGUCUUGGUUUUCUCCAGAAAGUUGGCGUCAGCGGGCUGAGGAACGGUUUCACGAGGAGAAGAAGUUGAAUCUCGACCCUUGA